UUAUCUUUCGCUUUUGUUUUUUACCCUACUAUGUGUGCUGAGUAUUCCAGUCAAAGCUACAAGACAUCAAGACAGACUUAUCUGUUGCUCCACUAUCGCUAAGCCCGGAGCGCGUUGGUGGUGAUAUGGACAAUGAGAUCAUGGUUCAUGGAGGAUUUCUGAAUGCCUAUAUGUCCAUCCAAAGGCCACUUUUCUCAGUCCUCAAAGGCAUCAUCUCCCAAAGCGCGAGAAACGGUGAGGAAGGAGAGAGAAGUAACGAGCGAGGAGCGGCAGAAAAGCAAUGGCAUGUCUACUCAACUGGCCAUAGCUUAGGAGGGGCAUUGGCAACAAUCUUUGCGAUGGACAUCUGGCGGAUAAUAAAUCCCAACGAUGGGAUCUGUAAUAUACCGCGACUAAUGGGAUACCGCCACGUGGAAAGGCCAAUGUACCUUGGCUCCCGCAUGCUUGACGAGGGAGAGGGACGAGAGCUUCUGAAUCCAAUAAAGACUUUUGAUGAGAUAUAUGAAACUUCAGCUGCGGAGGAGACACCAACAACGCUACAGCGACCCAAUCUGCUCUUUAUCCAGUACCAACGGGAAGCCACGUUUCUGAGAAAAAUAAUUGAGGCAGAGAUAUCUUUGCUGGAAGCAAUCGAAGAUGGCUCCUUCAUAACACAUCAUAUGGAAGACUUCUACUUUGUCAGUCUUCUCAAGGAUGUACAGAGAAUGAUGGCUGCACAACAACAGAUAACGCAAGGACUGCAGCAGGAUCCGGUGGCGCGCUUGAUUAAGAAGAGAGGAGGUCCUUGAACAGCAUAUAUAUUGCUAAGAAUUUCAGUCUGAAAUUGUGUCAGAAUCUGACCAGGUCUGUUUUUGAACACCCUGUCUGACCGGGUGCGUUAUCGAACACCCUGUCUGACAAAACACUCAUUUAACUGUUGAUAUUUGCGCUUUUUUGGUUCGGGUUUGUCGACUUACAUGGUUUUCGGUGUUAAGUCGAAGGAGGUGGUCGUCGGUAGGGGGGGAUUCGAAAUUAGACGGGGGGUAGGCCCAGGUACUUUAAUUAAUCGACUGCAACCCACCAGCGGUUUUGUUUGUGUGAAGACUCUCUCUCCUUUGGUAUUAAUGUUUUUCAAAUGCACGAAUCCUCCCCAUACAGCCAGCCAGUCAAGAGGUCCACCAUAGCCAUACAUCCUUCUCCUACUUGGUCGAACAGGUGGCUAUGGCGGAUUAUCGGAGUGAAGCUCCGAUGUUCAAAGGGCAACGCAAAGCUACUAAGUCCCUCCUACUAUGGAUGCCAUGCCUAGCACUACCACCGAGGUCUUCCUUGUAGGGCCUUCCAGGUGAAGCGCCAACCAAGAAGAUAAAGAUGCAGACCACCG